AUGGAUCUUGCUCCAGUAAUCGAAACACUUCAAGCUACACUUGCACCUCAUACGCGCAAGCAAGCUGAAGAAAAACUUGCUCAAUUUUGUAAAACACCCGGUUUUAUCCCAUGUCUCAUUCAAAUUAUUCUUAAUGAACAAUGUGAUAUGGGUGCUCGACAAGCUGGAGCUAUCUAUUUAAAAAAUCAUGUGAAUACAUAUUGGUCCGAUGGAAGUGAUCUAAAUGCAACAACUGAUCUAGAUAUUAUUGCAUUAGCUAAUGCAGUAAAUGUUGAUGUUAUAAAAACAAAUGGUGAAAAGUCUCAAAAACCAUCACUUAUAUCUGAUACUGAUAAAGAUUAUUUACGAAACAUUCUUAUUGAUGCUAUUAUACGUCUCAAAGAUCCAUUAAGAUGUCAAUUGAUCACAACAGCAGGUACGCUGAUUAAAUGUGAUUUUCCAUCUAAGUGGCCUCAAUUUAUUAAUCAAAUUCAUACAUGUCUUUCAACGGAUAAUAUUGAAACAUGGAAUAGUGUUUUGUUGGUUUUUUAUACACUUAUUCAAUAUUAUGAAUAUAAAAAAGUUGAAGAUCGUGGUCCGAUGGAUGAUAUUAUGCUUGUUAUUUUACCACUUCUUCAUCAACGUUUUAUGCAAUUAUUUGCUCAUGAUGAUUCAGAUCAAUCAGCAAUGAUACAAAAAAUUAUUUUAAAAAUUUUUCAUGCUUAUACUCAGCUUCAUCUAAGUUUUCGAGUAUUACCAACUCAAACAAUGGCUUCAUGGCUUGAUACAUGUUGUAUGGUAUUAGAAAGACGUUUACCUGAACGCUUAGAUGCACUUGAUGAAGAUGAUCGAGCUGAAAAUCCAUGGUGGAAAUGUAAAAAAUGGGCUUUACAUAUUCUUAUUCGAACAUUUGAAAGACAUGGAUCACCAGCUAAUUUACCUAAAGGACAAACACAUGAAAAAGUUGAAUUUGCUAAUUUUUACUUAAAAGGUUAUUCAGCUAAAGUUAUUCAACUUAUUUUCGGUAUUCUUGAAGCAUAUAGACAAAAAAUUUAUCUUUCACCACGUGUGGUACAACUUUGUCUUAAUUAUUUACGUGAAAGUGUUCGUCAUGCUUUUUCAUGGAAAAUUGUUCAAAAUAAUAUUGUUGUAUUAAUUCAAGAUAUUAUUUAUCCAUUAUUAUGUAUCAAUGAUGAUGAUAUUGAAUUAUUUAAUGAGGAACCCGUUGAAUUUGUUCGUGCUCGUCUUGAUAUUCUUGAUGAAUAUAUAAGUCCAGUGUCAGCUGCUGAAUUAUUUCUAUCUGAUGCUGUAGCCAAACGAAAAGAUGUUUUAAUGAAAACUGUUAGUUUUCUUGGUACAAUCAUUCAUAAUGAUACAAUAUCAACUAAACAGAAAGAUGGCGUUUUACAUAUGUUAGGCGUUAUAGGAAAUGUUCUUAUAAAGAAAAAAACUUUUGCUAAUCAAUUAGAAAAUAUCAUUGUUCAAUAUUUAUUUCCUGAAUUGCAAAGUCCAGUAGCAUAUCUUCGUGCACGUGCUUGUUAUGCAUUAAGAAAUUUUUCAAAACUGGAAUAUACAAAUACAGAUAAUUCAUCACGUUGUUUAACAAAUCUAAUAAACUGUUUAUGUAAUGAUACAUCAUUACCAGUACAAGUUGAAGCAGCAAUGGCAUUAAAUUUAUUUUUAUCUGAUACAGAAGCUAAUGAAAAAGAUAAAACAAUUAUUGUUCCACAUUUACAAAUAAUUGUCAUGCGUAUUAUUGAAAUAAUACGUAAAACAGAAAUUGAUGAUGUUAUGAUUGUUUUACAAAAAAUUGUUGGUUUAUUUGAUCAAGAUUUACAGCCGAUUGCUGUACAAAUGACAUCACAAUUAGUAGAAUUUUUUAAACAUGUUGUUUCUACAGAAAAUGCAUCCAGUGAUGAAACAAAAGCAGAAGAAAAAACUGUUGCUGCUAUGGGAGUUUUAAAUACAUUAGAUACUAUUGUUAGUUGUAUGGGAGAAAAACCAGAAAUACUUGCACAAAUUGAACAAAGUAUUUAUGAAAUUAUUGCUUUGGUAUUACGUGAUGGUAUUCUUGAUUUUUAUGAAGAAAUUUUAACUCUUAUUGAUACAUUAACAAUCAAUACAAUUAGUCCGUUAAUGUGGCAAGCAUUUUAUUUACUUAAAGAAGCAUUCUAUCGUGAUGCUGCUGAUUAUUUUGCUGAAAUUAUGAAUUGUUUGCAUAAUUAUGUUGUUAAUGAUACACCAUCAUUUUUAUCACAUCCUGAUCGACUUGAAAUUGUUUUUGAAAUGUGUAAACAUGUAAUCGUCAAUGAUUUGGGUGAAGAUUCGGAAGCACAUGCAGCUAAACUUAUUGAAGUUAUUAUUCUUCAAUGUCAAGAUAAUAUGAUUGUUGCACUUCCUGCAAUAGUUCAAUUAAUUGCAAAACGCUUUCAACGUAAUAUAAUCACAAGUGAAUUACGUCUAAUGCUAAUUCAAGUAUUUAUUGUUAUAUUAUGGCUUAAUCCUGAGAGAUUUUUUCAAACAUUAAAUACUGUUGUUGCAAAUGAUCCAAGUACACAAACUAUAAUAGCAAAUUUUUUUACUCAAUGGAUGACUGAUUGUCACUUAUUUGCUGGUAUUCAUGAUCGUCGUGUUUGUGCACUUGGUCUUUGUACGUUAUUACGUAUUGAUGCUAAUUAUUAUUCAGCAAUAUCUAAUGUUGUACCAAAAAUUUUACCUAAUUGUAUUGAAAUCUAUGAAGGUUUAAUGAAAACUUAUCAGCAUAAUGAAGAUGAUAGCGAUGAUGAAACUGAUGAUGAUGAUGAUGAUGAUUCAGUAGCUAGUGAUGGUGAAGAUGAAACUAUUGAACAUGAAGAUGAUUUUCUUGAGAAACUUAAAGGAAAAGCAUCCGAUCAUGAAAUGUCCGGUGAUGGACUUGAAGGUGAUGAUGAUGAUGAUGAUGAUGAAGGCAGUGAUUUUGAUAUUGAUGAAACUGAUCUUGAAUCAUAUUCAACUGUACUUGAAGCUAAUGAAGAUAUUGAUGAAUUUCAAAUAUUUUGUGAAAGCUUACAAAAACUUCAAUUGGAUACGACUGGUUAUAAUCAAGCUUUAUUACAAAGUCUUACACCUGAACAACGUACACAUAUACAAAAUAUAAUUCAUUAUACAGAAAAAAGAAAACAAGAAAAAGAAUCAAAUAAAAUUCGUGAUGCCGGUGGUUAUAACUUUUCACAAUCAGUUGCUGCUGGACAACCAAUGAAUUUUAACUUCGCUGAAAAUGGUCCAAUAAACAACAUAUUUCAAAAUCCAAAAUGA